AUGGCCAAAGAAUAUACAGUUGUGAAGUUUGAUUACCACAUGACAGAGGUAGAGAAAAUUGAUAAGAGGGUCAAAGAUUACUUAAUGAACAUUGGGUAUGAAAGAUGGUCCAGAGCACAUUCCACUAUCAACAGAACAUUGACGAUGGCUUCAAAUAUUGCGGAGUCAAACAAUGCAGCGCUCAAGGCUUCUAGGAAACUCCUAGUGACCCUUUCGACGAGUUACUUAUAUUCAGUACUUGACAAGGGUAAGCAGAGAAUGGUGUUCCUAAAAGAUCGAACUUGCAGCUGUAGAAGGUUUCAGUUGGAUGAGCUGCCAUGUGCACAUGCUUGGGCAGUAUUAAAAAACAAAUACAUUGAUCACAUUGAGUAUUGCUCAGCGUACUACGCCAGGAAGUACCUACGGAAGGCCUAUGAAAUUUCAAUUUAUCCGGUUCCUGAUGAAAGCACAUGGAAAAUUCUUGUAGAAGUUCUAGAUAAAAAAGUCUUGCCACCAAAUGUGACUAAAACAUUAGGAAGGCCAAGGAAAGAUAGGUGCAAGCCAAUAUCUAAAAGGGAACGAAAAAGUCAGUUUCAUGUGGACAGUGUGGAGAAGAAGGUCACAACAGGAAAACUUAUAGAAAUGAUUCAAAGAGAGGGUGAAAUAUGUCAAACUUAG